AUGGGGAAGGAUGAAAAGGAAGAUAGAAGAGGCUAUGGAGAACAUGGUAAAGAAAAGGGUUGGGGGGGGAGGAAGGGAUGGUGGGAUGAGGAGUGUAGAGAGGGGAAGAGGAGAGUGAGAAGGGAACUAAGGAGGUGGAAAAGAAGGGGAGGGGAUGGGGAGGAGUUCAGGAGGGAAAAAGGGAAAUACAAGAGACUAUGUGAGGAAAAGAAGGAUAAAGAGAGAGAAGAGUGGGAGAAGGAGGUAGCGAGGGCGAGGUCGGAGGGGCAGGUAUGGAAGAUAGUAAAUAAGGAGCGGAAAAAGAGAGGGAGGGUGGAUGAGUCAAUAGAAAUAGAAGAAUGGGACGGCUACUUUAGAAAGUUGUUGGGAGGGGUGGAAGAGAGGGUAAGGAUGGAAUGGGUAGGAGAGAGGGUGGAGGAUGAGGAGGAGGAAAUAGGUAGGGAAGAGAUAAGGAGAGUAGUGAAAGGUUUGAAGGUGGGGAAGGCAUCGGGAGAAGAUGGGAUACCGAAUGAGGUGUGGAAAUAUGGAGGGGAGGAGUUGGAGAUUAGUUUGUGGAAAUUAUGUAAUAGGGUAUGGAAAGGAGAGGGUUGGCCAGAAGGGUGGAAGGAAGGAAUAGUAGUACCUAUAGUGAAAAAGGGGGAAGGAGUAAAAGUAGAGGAGUACAGAGGAGUAACGUUAUUGCAAACGGCGUAUAAGGUGUACACGGCAGUAUUGGCAGAAAGGUUAAGGAUAGAGUUAGAAGAGAAAAGUAUUUUGCCGCCGAGUCAAGCGGGGUUCAGAAGGGGAUGGGGUACAGUGGAUAAUGUGUACGUCCUGAACUAUUUGAUGAACAGGCAAUUAGAGAAGAGGGGGGGGAAAUUAAUAUUAUUAUUUGUAGACAUGAAGGCGGCUUUUGAUUCGGUAGACAGAGAAGUUUUGGUGACAGCAAUGAGAAAGAGAGGAGUAAGAGAGGGGCUAGUCAAGAGAUGUGGAGAGGUGCUAAAAGAGACAGGAAGUAGGGUGAAGGUAGGAAAAACGGAAGGGAGAAAGUUUUGGACAGAAAGGGGUGUAAGACAGGGGUGCCCGUUGAGUCCGUGCCUGUUUACCUUGCUUUUGGCGGAUAUAGAUGAAAAAUUUGAGAAAGGAGGAUGGGGGGGAAUUGAAUUGGGGGGAAAGAAAAUAUAUUCGCUGGCAUAUGCAGAUGAUGUGGUGCUAAUAGCGAAGGAUGAAGAGGGAAUGAAAGGGAUGAUGGGUAAAUUGGAGAGUUAUCUGGAUGGGAAGAAGUUGGAAGUAAACACGGAGAAAACAAAGAUUAUGAGAGGUAAAAGAGGUGGGGGGAGAAGGAAAAAGAUAAACUGGAGAUGGAAAGGAAAGAAGUUAGAGGAGGUAAAUAGGUUUAAAUACCUGGGGUACACGUUGCUGGCAAAUGGAAAACAGGAUGGGCAUGUAGAAGAAAGAGUAAAAAAAGGUUCGGCUAUUUUAGGACAGAUCUGGGGAAUAGGGAAAAGGAGGUUUGGAAGAGACUGGGGGAGAAGGCUAUGGUUAUUUGAUAGGUUGGUGUGGUCGGUGGUAAGUUACGGUGUAGAGAUUUGGGGAUGGAAGAGGAGAAUAGGGGUAGAAAGACUGCAGGAGAGAUACUUGAGAUGGAUGUUAGGAGUAGAGAGAAGUGUACCAGGAUAUAUGAUAAGAGAAGAAUUGCAAAGGGAUAGAUUGGAGGGAAGAGCGGGAAUGAGAGCAUGGGGUUACGAAAAGAAGUUAGAAGAGGGAGGAGGGGGAGAGCUGGCAAGGAGAUGUUGGAUGGAGAUAAAGAAGAAAGCGAAGGAGGGCAAGGCGAAGUCGGGGUGGGAAGUAGAAAGGAUAAAUUUCUAUAAAGAGAGGGGAUGGGAGAUGGAGGAGGUGGAGAGGCUAAGGGAGAGAGGGAAGCUAAGAGGAGAGGAGUUGGUAAGGAGAGAGAGGGAAAAGCAAAGAAAGGAAAGAUGGGAGGGAAUCAAGGAUUCAAAAUACAAUGGGUGGUAUUGGAGAGUAAAAGGGGAGGGGAUUCCGGAAUAUUUAAAAAGGAAUUGGGAGGAGAAAAGAUGGCAAAGGAUGGCAAGGUAUAGAUUAGGGGGAGUAAUGAGGGGGGGGAGAUAUUGGGAGGAGGAGGAGAGGAGGACAUGUAGGUUAUGCGGAUGGGGGGAGGAGACGUGGGAGCAUGUUUGGGAAGAGUGUAUAGACUGGGGGGUACAAAAAAGCUGGCAGGAGAUGGUGGAGGAAUUGUUAGGGGAGGAGGGGGAGGGAGAGUGGUGGAUGGAGAGGUUAGAUAGACUAAGAGAGGACAGGAGGAUAGAAGAGGAGGGAGGGGAGAGGGGAGGGGGAGAAAAGAAGGUAGAGCGCGUGUGGAUGAAUGAAUGUAAAGGAAAUAGAAUGGAAGAAAUGUACAGCGGAAGCGGAGGUCCAAGUGUGAAUGGAUGUGGAGGUAUGAAUGCUCUUUCUCUCUCUCAAGCGAGUGUGAGUGUGAAUGCGAGUAGAGCGGCGGAUAAUAGUUUAAGGGAGGCGAAGAAUUAUUGUGAGCGGAGCGGAGGUCCGCUUGUACCCCGCAAGGGAUAG